AUUAAGAGUCUUGCAGUAAAGUGUAACAGUGAAAAGAUACAGACAUUUUUAAAUAAUCAAAGUUGGAAUACUUUAACAUUUAAUAGAGUGAAGACAUUUUAAGAGAAGCAAAAUAGUGUAGGUCAUUUUUUACAAUUCUAGCAGGCAUGGCCCAAUCUAAACGGACUGCUUUGAGUUACAUACUAAUGGCAGUGUUUCUGGCCAUUCUUGGAACUAUUGGACUAUCUCGCUGGAUCACCAUUAAUAAAUCACAUGGGGUAACUGAGACUAUCAUGUUAGUAUUGUUGUUGACACUACAGGUAUCAACAAUUAUAUUUUUGUUUGCAUUUAUGAGAGUAAAUAAGCUACAAUGGAGAUAUGUUCCCUGGAGGCUCUCUGAUACACACGGAAUAGCAUUCAUCUGCCUAACUGUAUUCCUUGUUGGCACAUUCAUCUAUGAUUUAUUUCGAAUCAUUGCCACAACUGAAUGUCUUGAUGUUUAUCGACAUUUUAAGGAACUAAAUGAAGAAAAAAUAAUUGAUCUUGUAUUGCUGAUCUUUAAAUCACUAUUUUACAUGCCAUCACAACUGCUGUUUUUGAUGUGGUGUAACUAUGGCAACAUUCAGAACAAUCCAAACAUUAGAAAAACUUCUGUGUUUAUAUUCGCAUCAGGAACAAACUUGUUCCUGUGGAUAUAUUCAUUUUUGUUUGAAUCAAAAAAUAUAUUCCCGGGUAAGGACUAUGGAUACAACAUAUCAAUGCUUGACCCUGCUAUACAGAAACAUGCAAAUGAAUGUCUACAUGAAGAAAAUGCGAUGCAGAGAACAGCAGACAAUGUAGAGAUUUAUCUCUACCCUGUUCAAAUGGAGUUCUGUAUCCUAGCAACUAGUUUACUUCUACAUACUUGGUCUCAUUUAAAGCACAGUCGUAUGAACAUGUAUGCUGAAAUGGUUGACUUCCCAGAUGAUAUUGGUGAUGGUGGUCCAAAUGAUGAUGUGAAUAGACAGCAUGAUCUGAUUGGUAGAAAUAAUGGUGAAGACAAUGAAGUGAAUGAAAACAAUGAUGUGAUUGGUGGAAAUGAUGCUAACCCUCAAGAAGGUCAUCAUGUGAAUUGCUAUGGCCUUUUAUGGAUUGUUGGAAUCCUGUUUAUGACGCUGAUGUUCACAUUUGAGUGUCUUUUAUAUGUUCAAUCAUUCUACAACAAAGCCAUCCUUAUCAUUUCUGUAAUCAAAACACUUUAUGACCCAGUGCUUGCAGCAGUAUGUGCAUACAUACUGCACAAACUGACAAAAUCUGGGCAAAUGAAGCGAUAUGGCAAUAUAGACACUGAAUGUGUCAUCAUGUUAAUCUCAUCACUUGGUCUUGGCUUCGAUGUUGCCUUCACCUAUAUUUCUGUCCUUCCCACAUUGAUCUACGACUUUAACACUUUCCAAGAAAGCAUUCAGAUUAUCAGUGUCUUAAGCUUGGUGAGGCAGACUUCGACACUUAUUCAAGUGAUUCUUCAAGUCUACCUGAUCAUUCUGUUGACCAGUUUCUAUACUGGUCCUGUUGAUAAUUGGUUAUCCGAGUGUCUGGGGUUCAUACUGAUCCUGAACUUUGGUCACUGGUUAGCAGACAGUGUUGUUGAGGUAAAGUUUCCCGAGGCCUCACCUGUUCAAGAACACUACUUUGGAGAUGAAAACUGGCUUGUUAUAGUUCACUUAAUUUACACCAUGGCGAUCUACUUCCGGUUCCACAGUGUGUUGAUGCUAUCUGAACAUAUAAGACAUACCAGGCACCAACACUAUGGUGGCUAUCAACCAUUGAAUGGUGACAAUGUGCAGGACCACGAGCAAUUGGGAAAUAACAAUGACCAGGAUUGAACAUAUAAGACAUAUGAGGUACCAACACUAUGGUGGCUAUCAACCAUUGAAUGGUGACAAUGUGCAGGACCAUGAGCAAUUGGGAAAUAACAAUGACCAGGAUUGAACAUAUAAGACAUAUGAGGCACCAGCACUAUGGUGGCUAUCAACCAUUGAAUGGUGACAAUGUGCAGGACCAUGAGCGAAUCACAGUAAACAGGACUGAUUAUGAAUCAAAAUAUUUAGGGGAUAUGAACUUGUCUCUGCAACAAGUUUUUAACCUAAUUACAAACUAGAAAAAAAACAGCAACUCCAUGGAGUAGCAAAUCCCACCGUACAAAACAUGUUUUGAUAAAUAGCACCUAUGUCCCAAGGCAUUUGAAGUAAAUCCGUCAAAUGGUGUAUGAGUUAUCAAAGAUUACCUUUUUUUAUGAAAAUGUUUGCAACCUUCGCUGUGAACUGAACUGACCUUUCCGAUAAACCCUGCCACCUUUUGGUACACCGAAGAAGCUAUGAAAUAUUGGCCAGAUUAGUCAAAGGCUGUACUUAAUUAGCAGUAAGUUAAUGCAGUAGGUCUUAGUUUAUCCCAUUUUUGAUUAGGCAAAUUGGAACUUACAUAACAACUAAUGACAUUAUCAAUUUAGCCAAUAUAUCAUAGCUUCUUGGAUUUACCAAAAGGUGGCAGGGCUUCUUGGAAAGGUCUAUUAUCUAGGCUUUAUUAACAGGUAUAUAUGAAUCCUGCAAUACAACAUAAUAUACGGUUCUGUACUCAUAUUGUGCUGGUUAUGUGAAGUCUAUACUUUACUAAUGCCUUGGUCACAUUUGCU